GACAUCAGCCCCCAAGAGAGUCACUCACCACCAUCGUAAGCCGGUCGCGAGGAGGGACAGGAGGUUGCGAGAACGCACAAUGAAGAGGGACUGGGACGGAAAGUGACAGAUCAAUGAGACCACGCGCUUGCAGCCUUGCUUUACUCGGUCGUUGGCGCUUGAACGAGUAAUUGAGCGAGCGAGCACACUAUAGGUGUAUGUAGUUGUGGAACAAGGUGAGUAGAGGUGGGACGGAAGCUUCAGGAAACUUUGUGGCGAAUUGAGACUCGUGCGGUGCUGGUCUCACUAUUCGGCUCGUAACCCAGCCUCCCCGUGGACUACACUCCCCGUGGACUACACUCGUACCUGCGUUUCUCACUCAAAGCUGAAUUGGACCGUUUGUUGGUGCGGUCCUGUGCUCAUUACAGAGGAAGAAGGUGGUGGGGGCUUUGACGUGGAAGCGACAGAGUAGUCGCGGUCGUCAAUUUACGCUAGGCUUUUUGAUUGCUGUGAACGCGCCUGCCUUUGCUUUCGUGGUUGCAGCAUGUCGGGGGGCAUUGCGAGGGGUCGAUUGGCCGAGGAGCGCAAGGCUUGGCGCAAAAAUCAUCCUCAUGGAUUUGUGGCAAGACCAGAUUCCGGUGCAGAUGGAUCAAUGAAUUUGAUGAUUUGGCAGUGUAUUUUACCAGGCAAAGUCGGGACUGAUUGGGAGGGUGGCUUUUUCCCACUCGCAAUCCAUUUCAGCGAAGAUUACCCGAGUAAGCCACCGAAGUGCAAGUUUCCUGCUUCAUUUUUCCACCCCAAUGUCUAUCCCUCGGGCACAGUGUGCCUGUCAAUACUCAACGAAGACUCCGGUUGGAGACCAGCAAUUACUGUAAAACAAAUUUUGGUUGGGAUUCAAGAGUUACUGGAUGCACCAAAUCCUGCUGAUCCGGCUCAAACCGAAGCUUACCAACUAUUCAUCCAGGACCCCGAGGAGUACAAACGGAGAGUAAAGCAGCAGGCCAAGAACUACCCACCUCCGGUCUAACACUCAAAUGAGAGCAACUUCCUCCAGGGGUUAAUCUUCAUCUCUGUCAAAAGAUGUCAGGACAGAGGAGGGUGACGUGCAUGUACGGGUUCUUGUGUGCUGUAUGUGGAUGCAAAUGUGAACCUUGUGUACCCUCACCAAACCAUGCUAAGCUGAUGCUAACUCAUGAUGUGUUGAUAGUAUGCCGGUAUGCGUAUGCUUUCGUGCCGGUAGCUGACUCUAAUGUUUUUAGACUGCACCCAUGCUAACGGCGACCGUUUUUCUGGUACCAGUGGUGUAAUGAUGGAAUUAUGUAGUCUUGUCUCUUGUAGUUAGUGUAUAAGUUGACCUGGAUCAGGGUCUAUGAGUGAGGUGCGAGACUCAUUUCGGUGCUUAGUAGUUUUGUAAUUUAUAAUUCUCGUCCACUGGAAGAUUGUAAGGUUAGAUACAGGCGAAGGGGGACUUUGUGUGAAUACAGUUGGACGUGACAUGUAUAAUGCCUGGCUUGGUCAGUCGGAGAAAACCAAAUUUCAAAAUGUGUCGUAUUACUUUUCUUGUGUGCUCUAGCGUCAUCUUUAAAAACCUUGAAAAAGCAAGUCCGCAAGGUGGAUUUAAGAUGACCAAUCAGCUAGAAGAAGACAAUUGUAGAGAUUGGAGAGCGCAAACGGAGAUAUUAUAGGGAUUGGAAAGACAUGGCUCUCUGGUCGUUACGGGCUUCUGCGCAGUUUUGUGCGACUCUAAUGCGAACGGCUUACGAAUUUCUUAUACACUUUGUGAUCAUCUG